AUGUCUUCACCAGCCGUUGAGGGCAUCUCCCGCGGAGAUAAAAAGGGUUUCCAAGUUACCAAGGCCCCAAAGAAGGUCAAGGCUAACCGUCAUCGUGGAGCUUUGUCCAAGAAAGCCAAGAUCACUCGUGAAGUUGUUCGUGACAUCACUGGCUUUGCUCCCUAUGAACGUCGUGCUAUGGAAUUGUUGAGGAUCAGCAGAGAUAAGAAGGCGUUGAAGUUCUUGAAGAAGCGUAUCGGCCAACACCAGCGUGCUAAGAAGAAGCGCGAUGAGAUGCAACAGGUUAUCACCAACCAAAGGAAACAACACAAAUAA